AUGCAGCGUCCCGCGUACGGGCAGUCGCCCCCACUUCACCACCCCGUUCCCCAGCAUGUGUCGACGGUGCCGCAGCUGCGGUCACCACCGCCGCCGACGUCGUCGCAACCACAGCCUCAGACCUACGGCAGUCCGUACCAGCAGCAGCAGCAACAGCAGCAGCCACACCAGCAGCAGCAGGGCGGUAGCUUCCCCAUGGGCAACAUGUUUGGGCAGUACGGCCAGUUUAUGAACGAUCCGACGGCACAGGUGGCCGCGCAGCUCUCGCACACCGCGCUCCGGCAAGGGCAAGAAUACGUUGAGCAGAAUAUCAACCGCUAUGUUAAUGUCGGUGUCCUGAAACACUACUUCAACGUGUCCAACUCGUACGUGCUCAGCAAGCUGUUCCUCGUGCUGUUCCCCUGGCGCCACAAGCCCUGGUCGCGCAAGCAGACCGUCGGCCCCGCCGGGCAGGAGGGCUGGUACCUGCCCCCGCGCGACGACAUCAACAGCCCGGACAUGUACAUCCCCGUCAUGUCGGUUGUCACGUACAUUUUGCUGUCCACGCUCGUCGCCGGUCUGCGCGGCCAGUUCCAGCCCGAGCUGCUGGGCUACACGGCCUCGGUGGCGCUGGCCGUCGUCGGCGUUGAGAUCCUCGGCCUCAAGCUCGGAUGCUACCUGCUGAGCAUCUCCAACACGUCGCAGCUGCUCGACCUCGUGGCCUACUCGGGCUACAAGUUUGUCGGCGUCAUUGCCACCAUUGCCGUGGCCGAGCUGGUCAAUGGCGGCAAGGGCACGGGUGGCUGGAUCGGCUGGUCGCUGUUCCUCUACACCUUUUUGGCGAACUCGCUCUUUUUGAUGCGCUCCCUCAAGUACGUCCUUCUCCCCGAGAGCUCGGCCGACAGCCGGCCCAUGCAGACGGACACGCGCGCCAAGCGCAACCAGCGCACGCAGUUCCUCUUUUUCUACUCGUACGCUGUCCAGUUGCUGCUUAUGUGGAUCCUCAGCCGUGCAUAA